GGGCGCGGAAUUUCCCGUGCUUCAAACUGCUUGUACCUUCCUCUCUCCAGUCAUGAGCCUCCAAGGUAGAAACUGGGAGGGUACAGUGAGUGUUGUUGGGUAGCUAACGUUAGUGUAAAUGUGUGUUAUAUGGUUUAUUCCUGAUCUGAAGCACACAGUCAUAAACCAGUAAUUAGGGUAGAAAACGGAGGUCGAAUAGACCAAGACCCGCUGCGAAAAGAGACAUAGGAGGGAGCCAUUUCAGCCAUGGGUUUCCGAAAGAAGAACAAGAGUCCACCGGUGUUGAGCCACGAGUUUGUUAUCCAGAAUCACGCGGAUAUGGUUUCAUGUGUGGCGAUGAUCAUUCUGCUGGGUCUAAUGUUUGAGGUGACGGCAAAGUUUGCAAUCAUGUUCAUAACAGUCCAGUACAAUGUAACCCAAACACUUGAUGAGCGGCCGGAGCCUUUGGUGCUUUAUCAGUAUGGACCCAAAGACAUUGCAACUGUGUUUUUCUACCUUCUUAUUGCUGUUAUACUUCAUGCCCUGAUCCAGGAGUAUGUACUUGAUAAAAUCAAUCGGCGGCUACACCUGUCCAAGACCAAGCACAGCAAGUUUAAUGAAUCCGGACAGCUGGCUGCCUUCUACCUGUUCUCCUUUGUGUGGGGAUGCAGCAUCCUGACUGCGGAGGAGUUUGUGACCAACCCCACGUUCCUGUGGGAAGGCUAUCCACACACUCACAUGGCAUUUCAGGUGAAGUUCUUCUAUAUUUGUCAGAUCGCCUACUGGUUCCAUGCCCUUCCUGAGUUGUACUUUCAAAAAGUCAGAAAGGAAGACAUCCCACGCCAGUUGUACUACAUUUGCCUUUACAUAUUCCACAUCACCGGUGCCUAUGUCUUAAAUCUCCACCGCUUGGGCCUGGUCCUGCUGGUGCCACACUACCUGGUGGAGCUGCUGUUCCACGCCUCACGUCUCUUCUACUUCAGUGACGAGAACAAACAGAAAGGGUUCACCCUGUGGGCUCUGCUGUUUGUCAUCGCCCGCCUCCUGACCCUCACGCUCUCCGUGCUCACCUUCGGCUUCGGCCUCUCGCGCACCGACAACCAGGGCUUCUCUCUGGCCCAGGGGAACUUCAACGUGCUCACUGUCAGGAUGACCUGCCUGUCGGCCAUCUGCCUGACCCAGGCCUGGAUGAUGUGGAAGUUCAUCAACUUCCAGCUGAAGAAGUGGAGGGAGCAGAGCCAGAUCCAGGCCAGCAAGAAGAAAGCCGUCAGCCCAAAGAUGAAGCCCUCCAAGAAGGACUCGUCUCGAGGAGGGUCUGCAAAUGGAGUGAUAAAGCCAGAUGACAAGACGUCGCCCAGAGCGAGAAAAUCAAAAGCCUCGUAAAGGAGCAGAGACUGUUGAUGGGAGGAGGAGGGUCCUGUCCUUGUGACAUCCUCACUUUUCUUUACUUAAAAAAACAAGGUAGUCCUACUGUCUGUCAUGACAAAAACCACUUCACCACACGAACAAAAACCUUAAUCAUCAUGACAGAGUCCAUGUGUGGUCCAUGUAUACUUCUACUUUUUUUUUGUAAUCUCUUCUUCAGAAUGCACUAUGAGUUUAUUUUGUCAUACUUUGGCUGAAAAUGCUUGGUUGUUCAGGAACUGAUUUUGUUAAGCGAUACGCAAAACCACAGGCUGCCAGUUUUGUGGCAAUUUUAAAAUUGGAAACAGAAAGAGGAUGUGUUACUUGUGUUUGUAUAUUCUGUGAGGAGGGAAAAAGACGAGCACUGUGGGAUGGAUUUGAACGACCAGCCGCAUCCUUCAAACUCUUAGACCGUUGCUUAGGUUUUGAUUGAGGUUCGUCCUCUAGGGGGAGUGUAAAAGGCGUCCAUCUCUCUCGGUCAGGAGCUGCAGACCUCUCUCUCUCUCUCUCUCUCUCUCUCUCUCUCUCUCUCCUCGAGGCUCCUUGUGUUGACUACACUGAAAGCACUGCACAGCAUAGGGGAAAGAAAAGAAGACAAAACGGAGGAAAAAGAAUGGCAACGCCCUGCAGCCUAUUGCAGUCACACACUGCUCAGCAUCCGCCACUGUGCUCGUCAACAAACAUGUAAGCAGUCAGAGAGAGGUGGUGGGGGGAAAAAAGUGUCCUUUUUCCUCCUUAUUUGUAUUUUGGUUUUGUUGCUGUUGUUGAACAGUUGAGUGUCCUGCUGCUUUGCCUUUUGAGUCCGUUGUGUAAGAAAAGGAGUGUCACCUACAAGGCAUCCUUACCUGAAAAGGUAACGGAGGAUGUCGUCCUUUCGGAGGUGUGUCAUUUUUUUUGUUUUGUUUAAAUAUACACAGCCUUUUAUUGCCUGUGGCUCUAGGUCUGCUGAUCGAUGGUCGAUGGGAGCUUGUGUUAGAACGAGAAAGCUGUGUCUCUCUCUGUGCUGAUCGAUGGAUCGGGGAGCUCGUGUCAGAACGAGAAAGCUGUGUCUCUCUUUGUGCUUUCCUCAGAUCAAGCCCUAGGUUUGAGGGGAAUCUCAUCAGGACGUGGGAACUAUGGCUGUCAGGUGAAACGACGCAAACACAAACAUCAAGGUGACCGUUCUGUGCUGCCUCCUGUGCUGUUAACUAGCAGCCAGUCAGGAAACUCCAGAGCGAGCAUCUAAACAGGCAAUGGUACUGAAAGCGAAAGGACCCCUAUGUUACUGCGGUAUGGGAAACAGUAGAGAUAAGAAUGCCACACGCUCGACAGUCUGCGUGGAACUCUGGGGAGAGGUUGGGGGGGGGGGUCACUAGGCUUGACCUGUAAAUACUACGUACCUGAAAAUGGCCUAGUAUUAUGAAUUACUUAAGUAAGUAUACUGUAAUAAGAACACUUAAUUUAAAGUGAGACCAAGUGAAGUAGGGAAGUGACCAGUGCUAGGGCUCUCCAGCAGAUAAAGACCAGCCAUUUUGACAUGUGACGAGGAAGUUCUGAGAGUCUUCAGCUUUCUUUCAUUUUCUCCACACUCCUCUCCCUUUUCUCCAAAGAAGUGAAUCUUAUUAGUUUGCAGUAUGUGCUGCAGCAUAGGUUGUGCGUGGCCUUGUGGUAUUCAUUGGAGUGCUUCGUGCUUGCUUUUAUUUCUCUAUUUUCUCUCUAUUUUACUUUAUACUUUUUUUUGUUUCUUUUUUUUUAACGUUGGUAUGAGCAUUGAUAUGAGAUGUGGCUACUUCAAAUGAUACAAUCCUUCUUCAAGUGUCCUUAAAAUAGCUCUAUUCUGUUGUGUUCUGACCACAUUGAGUUUAUUUUUUAAUAUGUAUAUUGCCUUGUUGUGUGUGAUGGCUUGUGGAGCACUGACCUCAAGGUCAUUUUGUUCGUCCAGAUUUCCUUUCUUUUUGCUGGUGUGCACUAGGUAUAUAUGUGUAUAUUUGUUUUGAAUGAGUGUGUGUGUGUGUGUGUGUGUGUGUGUGUGUGUGUGUGUGUGCACGCACAUGCACACGCGUGUUUGCAUGUGGUGGCCUGUGCAUGAGCCAGUUGGAUGUGUCUGUAUGAAACCCAUACCAUCAAUGGGGCAUGGACUGCAAAAUAACUGGAAUGUUUUUUUUUUUUUUUUGGUUUUAUAGUUUUUCCAAGUGUUUUGGUCACUUCACUAAAUGUUGGUUGAGAGACAACUGAAGCGUCCUCUUUUGAACAUCGCACACACACACAUAUAUAUACACACACACAAACAAACAAACAAACAAACAAACAAACAUACAUACACACACAAUCGGCCUCUGUCAGAAUGCAACGUUGCAUGACCAAAAGGUGCUGCUCCUUGCUGGUGAUUUUGACAUUGCCAUCAGAUCUAUCUACCUGUAGAACACUCAUGGUUGAGAAGAAACAGACAGAUGGAAAGUUCUUUAUCUAAUGUUUUUUUUUAAUCCAAGAACUGUAAAUCUAACCUCAGGUUAGGAAGACAAGGGCCCAAGGGUAGAUGGGAAUGAGGAAGAGUCUGAGAAGAUGAAAGGAGAUGGUAGCCUGUCCUUCUUUAGUGGACUGUCUGACAGACGCUAACACCUAAGAAAACAGACGGAGGCAGUACUAAUGUAUUUGGGGAGCCGUUUCUGGAAAACACUAUUCACUUCCUGUGCGGUCAGAUUUGGAAUGAUGGUGAAGGUGAAAGUAUUUUCUAUGUUUGUCUUCACCAGCAGAGCGGUGAAAGUCGGUCUCAUAUUAACAGGGUGGCAAACAUGGCAGGUCCUAAGAAGGAAGGAGCAGCAGGAGGCCCUUUUUUAUUAUUAUUAUUUUGUUUUAAACCAACAUGCUGUCUGAUGUUUAAAAAAAUAAAAAAAUAAAAAAGUGAAAAGAAAUGUAUAGAUAAAUAUAUUGAGACACUGUUCUGAAUCCUUUGUCAGAUUUUUGAAAAGCUAUUUUUAUAGAUCUGAAAACAACUAUAGAGAAUUCAACAUUUAUUUAGCACACAAUUGUUUGUUUGUUUGUUUGUUUUGCCGCCUUACAGACUUUGCGUUUAUUUUUUUAUAUCAUGUGUGAAAGCUUGCUAUCAUGAAAGUGUGGGUCCAAAAGGCGGGCGGGCGGGGGGGGGAUUUCAUUUUACAAUGCUGUGAAAGUCAAGUCAAAGUCAAGUCACUACACAUGGAAGACAAGCUGACUGUGUGGCAUGUUUGACAUUGUCAUGAUGGUCUGUCUUUGGAGAAAAACAAAACUGUAAUAUUUCACUGCCAAAUGGACUCUAACAGGACUGCAUUGACUUGUCUUUUUUGUCUGUUUGUUGUUUUUGUCAUUUGGCAUAUGAGGUGUGUGUGUGUGUGUAUGUGUGCUCGUGUGCGUGUGUUCUGUGGAGUCAAUGCAAAGCUGAGUUUUGGUUUGUCGCUGUAUUUUUGGGGGUGACGGAGGAGUCCGAAUGAGAAAGAAACAGACAUUUUAACAACCCCAAUGUGAAUGAAUAUUUUCGAUGAUGUGUUGUCCUCGGCUGGAAACAUGGUUGCUGGGAGAAAAGAAAGCACUGAAUGAAGAAAGAUCUCUUUUGAAUGUGGAUUGGUGGAUUGGAUCCUUUUCCCUGUAGACCAUCCUUUUUGCGGAUUAAGCCCAAGCUAAAUAUACGGAAAUGGAAAAUAAUGACACCAUUUGAGCGACAUCAUUUAGAGAGUGUAGAUUCUAAAGAAAAUGUAUAUGAAUUGCACCAAAGCUUUCACAGGCAUCACAGUUGGCAUACUGAUUUUUUUUAACUUAUGUUAUUUUCGUGCUUCGCGUAUGCACUGGUCUUUUCUAUGUAGAUGCUUGCCUCUAUGUUGAAAUAUAUUGCUUUUAUAUAAAAAAUAAAUCGAAAUCUGUUUGACUGAUGUACGUAUUUAUGCAAAACUGUGUGAUUGUUUGUUUAUCUUCUGUUUCAUGUUUCUGUUUGAUUAAAACUUUUUGUUCAAUCUGA